AAAAUCGGUUAUCAAGAACGUGUAGGCAUGGUGGAGGUGUGAGCCUUCUGGGUGUCCUUUUAUACAGAAGAGUCCUGUCACGCUGAUGACGCACGAGAGAGAGUGAGAGAGAGAUAGAGAGAGAGAGGAGGAGGAGGAGGAAGAUGCUGCGCUCUCGGCAUCACGUCUCCACAUUGAGCGUCCUGCUCUCAGACGCUGGGACAGUCCUGUGUUUUCACGGCGAAGCUGGAAAGUGUCAGAUGUGAUGGUGGAGUAGAUGGAACAAGAUAUUUAUGAUUUAAGGCUUUCUGACCUCUCUUGGAGAUUCUGGACCACCUGUCACUUCCCCUCGAAGGACAAGCUGGCAGAAAGAGGAGAAAAGAGGCAGAGGAGACGCGCGUAAAUCCUCCGUGCGUCUUCACCGCGCCAUGCCUCCACUCUUCGUCCUCUGACCGCCUCUCUCUUUCCCUUUCUUGGAUGAACUUUCUCGACGCCUUUGGGGACGCGGCCGCUCGCUUCGAGAUCAUGAAGACGACGCGGAAAUGUCGCGCACUCAUGUCCGUGGGUCUGAACCUGGUGGCCCUGUUCUUCUCCACCACCGCCUUCAUCACCACGUACUGGUGCGAGGGCACCCAGCGCGUCCCCAAGCCCAACUGCAGCAAGCAGCGGCACCACAACUGCAUCGAUUACGGCGUGAACGAGACCGAUCAGAGCAAAGUGCACUACAGCUGGGAGACAGGAGACGACCGCUUCCUCUUCCGCCGUUUCCACACGGGCAUCUGGUACUCAUGCGAGGAGAACAUCCACGGGGCAGGUGAAAAGUGUCGGAGCUUCAUUGAUCUGGCCCCAGCGUCGGAAAGAGGCGUGCUGUGGUUGUCGGUGGUGUCCGAGGUGCUCUACAUUCUCCUGCUGGUGGUCGGCUUCAGCCUCAUGUGUCUGGAGCUCUUCCACUCAAGCAACGUCAUCGACGGGCUCAAACUCAACGCCUUUGCCGCCGUCUUCACCGUGCUGUCCGGUCUUCUGGGAAUGGUGGCCCACAUGAUGUACACUCAGGUGUUCCAGAUCACAGUCAGUCUGGGUCCCGAAGACUGGAGGCCUCACAGCUGGGACUACGGCUGGUCCUUCUGCAUGGCGUGGGGUUCCUUCACCUGCUGCAUGGCUGCCUCCGUCACCACCCUCAACUCCUACACCAAGACGGUGAUUGAGUUCAGACAUAAGCGUAAGCUGUUCGAGCAGGGCCUGCGCGAGGAGCAGAACUUCCUGGACCAAGAAGCUUUCCACUAUUUCCGGGACCAGUCCCUCCAGUCCAUCUCCAGCACUGUGGAUGUCUACCCUGGCCACAGUGGAGCUAGAGCUGGGCUCGUCGUUGGGGGGCCAGGUCCCGGACCUGGACCUGGUCCGGGUCCUGGUCCAGGACGUGGGAAGAUGAGAGCUGCGUCAGCCUCCAUAGACCUGGGGGAGAACACAGACUCGCUGGGGGAGGAGCAGUGCUGAGUCACCCAUGGGAAUGAGGAGGGUUAUGUGUGGUGGUGGUGGUGGUGGUGGUGUGGCCACAUGAGGAGGGAUGUCUGCACCUGGCCGCUAGCUUUGGUCAUCCAAAAAUGAAAGCACAGCUGCCAUUAUUUUGUCUUUGGAGAGGAUAAUUGACAGGCUUCAGGAAACAUAUAAGAUCUGAUGGAUGUGUUCUCUGUAUAUGAAUUGAAAAUCUAUAUAGGAUGUGCAAAACAGAUGAAAAGUAGAUGUUCCAGCAUAUUGUUGAGGCGCUAUGUGUGGUAUUUUAAAAUCAACGCAUCAUCAAAGAAAGUGGCAGAGAAGCAAUAUCUAAUGUUAGCUAACAUGAUCCAGCUACUUAUACAGACAGCUAAGGAUGCUGGUCAGACAGCUAUAGUAGCAGCAAAACCUGAGUUUGACCAGGUCCCAAUUUUGUGCAGUCUUGGGUCAAUAAAUGAGUGGAUCUGAAUGAUCAAAGCAUCUCCUUUAAUUUAAAGUGUCUCACAUUUCUUGUGCAGACGGUGGAAAUAAGACUUUUUUUUUAGUUUUUACUUGUUUACAUUCACUUUACAUUCAGCUCUUUUGUCAAAUUCAUUAAUGGGGCAUCAUGCUGCUGCCAGUGCUCUCUGUUCUCUCUCUCUCUGCUUGGGUCUGCUAGAGUCGACAGCAUUAUGGAUUAUGGAUCAGAUCUAAUUACCCUCUGCUCUGUUGGGGUUUGGUUUGUCUGCGCUCAGUUCCCCUUGAAUCGGGUCUGUUAUUUUUUCUUUGUAAAUUUAUGUACGCAUACCAAGGCAGACCAUGGAGUUGCUCAGACCUCAAAUUUGAAAAAGUUUUCUUCAUAAAUAGUGUCUCACAGGCUGGUUUCAGCUGGGAGAACAAGGACAGUCUGCCCCAGGAGCAGGAAGCAAAAGAGAUGCUUGUCAUAAAAUACUGCACAUAGCGCUUAAAGAUGAUGAAUGUGAAAUCUAGUGUUAAAACUACAUGUCUGUUCAUGUUUAAGCUGUGUUGAUGCCGUUGGUGAAACUGGAAUAUAGUGACAAAACAUCUGAUCGCGGACUGUGUGUCUUCAGCAGCUUUGUGGUGGUUUUCACAUUUUACUUUUGACUUUGGAGCAAGUUUGGUACAAGAGCAAAACAGCAAAAUACUGAAAUGAUGUAGCACAGAGGUCUUCAACAGGGGGCCCGCGACCCCCAGGGGGUCAGCAUAGGUGCUGCAGAGGGGUCGCAAAGUCUUUGGUUGAAUAGACAUUUUCUUUAUACAUUUUUUAAAUUUUCCCCCUCAAAUUUAAAUUUCUUUAAAUACACAUUAACAUGAAUCCAACAUAUUUUAGUAAAGGGAUAAGGGACAACUUAAUAUUGAAUGCAGAAUGAUAAAUAUUAUGUAUAUUUAUAAAUAGCACUGGGCUGGAUUUAAUAUUAGAACACAUACAAUAAGUACGAGGGGGUCUCUACCUAAUCUCUCCAUCACUUUGGAGCCUGAAAAAUGUCGAAGACCCCUGAUCUAGCAUGAAGUCCAGGUCAACCACUCUCUCUGUUUAUUUAAAUAAGAGGAGGAGGUGUCCAUACUGACACCAUGAAAAUGUAAAAUAAAUUAUUAGAUGAAAGGCUUUCACUCUUGUACCAAACUUGAAAGCAACAAACCUAUUCAUUGCAGAUAUUUCUUGGAAGGUGUCUCUGCUCUGCGGGCCACGAAUGUGUGGAAGGACAUGACGGACAGCCCUCAUCGCCCAGUGGUCACAGGGUCAGUCCUCUCAGAAAGUGAAUGUGCUCUGCGUCUCUGUGUCCCCGGAGUCGCUGAACCUCUGGCUGCUGUAGGGGACCAUUCACUUUUGACCUCUCUGGAAAUUAGCUGCAUAAAUGUACCAUAUGUGAGUCUCACGGGGGACAUACGAGGGUAAUAAAUCCCAGGAAUAACUAACCGCUCGGGGUUUCAAAAAGAAAAGGAAGACGCGGAGGGCGGUGAAUCAUCGGCCUGACGUGGAGCGGAUUGUGUGCACUGAUUGAUUUGGCGAUUCAAGAAAUACUGCAUCCAUUAGUAUCAGUAUGUAGUGGGAUGCUUUUUAUGCAUUUUACUUAUGGAUUGGAAAGGGUUGACUGGAUGUCAGGCCCACUUAAUGCAUGCUCAUCUGAUAUCUUUCUUUUGACCUUAAAUUGACCAAAUCUGGGAAAUCCAGGUUCAGUUAAAACUGUAUUUUUUUAACCACAUUAACAGAUGAGCUAUGAACACAACGACAUGACAUUAAGGAGAGCAGCAGCAAAAUUCAACGUCAAAAUUAGAAGCUGAAACCCACUAAAAAGCUCUUUGAACGAACUGCUGCUGAGGACUGUACAGUGUCUCCAGGAUGCUAACAGUGUGGCUCCGCCUGAGGACACUCUAUGUGUUAUGUAAGGCGCGGCGGAUUGUAAACCACAGGGAUUAAAUUGUCUGGGAGUCGUAGAAGUAAAGGGGAGGUUUUGGGGUCAAAGUAAUCCAGACACAAGUUGUAAAGCCUCGUGCUGGUCAUGGAAUCACUGUGCACUGACGUUGAAAUGCCGGUGACAGCUGAGAUAAAAGGAUUGUGCUUGAAUGUAUUUACAUAUAUUUAUCUAUGUAUAACA